GCGGCGGCGGAGGCGAUGGAUGGGUCAGCGAGCGAGCUCAGGCUUCUGGGGACACACUCCGAAGCCCAGGAGAGAAACGGGAAUCUCUAGUUUCUUCCUACCCUUGUGAUGCAUGGUGUAGCCCGUCCUCACCUAUCCUAAGUGAAAAAGGCGGAGAUGGAGUUCUUUCUCACUGGUCACUGCCCUGAAUUGGAGCCUGUCUUCGAAGGGUUGACUACUAUAACCAAAGUUUUUUCCAGGUGUGAAAGGCAUAUAACUAUUUUAUCAGACUCUCUAGAAGAAUUACCUGAAACAGACGAGCCUGUUUGGAUCUUGGGGAAGCAGUAUGACGUUCAAGCAGAAAAAUCCAAGCUGUUGUCUGAUAUCAGUGCACGUCUCUGGUUUACGUACCGAAGGAAGUUUUCACCAAUAGGAGGAACGGGCCCAUCGUCAGAUACUGGCUGGGGGUGCAUGCUGCGUUGUGGACAGAUGAUGCUGGCCCAGGCCCUCAUCUGCAAGCACCUGGGAAGGGAUUGGUGUUGGGAGAAGCACCAAGAACAGCCCGAAGAAUACCAUCGAAUCUUAAAGUGCUUCUUAGACAGAAAAGACUGCUGUUAUUCUAUCCAUCAAAUGGCACAAAUGGGCGUAGGAGAAGGGAAAUCAAUUGGUGAAUGGUUUGGACCAAAUACAGUUGCACAGGUGUUAAAAAAACUUGCUUUAUUUGACGAAUGGAAUUCCUUGGCUGUUUAUGUUUCGAUGGAUAACACAGUGGUCAUCGAAGAUAUCAAAAAAAUGUGCCACAUGUGCCCUCCCAACCUGACCCAUGACAGUUCCUCCAGUUCCUGGAAUGGCCUUGGCUGGAACACAAAUUUUCCCAGGCACACCUCUGGCUGGAGGCCCCUUCUGCUUAUUGUGCCCCUUCGCUUGGGCAUCAACCAAAUUAAUCCUGUCUAUGUUGAUGCAUUUAAAGAGUGUUUUAAGAUGCCACAGUCUUUAGGUGCAUUAGGAGGAAAGCCAAAUAGCGCCUAUUAUUUCAUAGGAUUUUUAGGAGAUGAGCUCAUCUACCUGGAUCCCCACACCACUCAGACUUUUGUUGACUCUGAGGAGAAUGGAACAGUGGAUGACCAGAGUUUCCAUUGCCAGCAAUCCCCCCAUCGAAUGAAGAUCCUGAACUUGGAUCCUUCAGUGGCAUUGGGAUUCUUUUGCAAAGAAGAAGAAGAUUUUGAUAACUGGUGUGGGCUCGUUCAAAAGGAGAUAUUAAAGCCACAGAGUUUACAGAUGUUUGAGCUGGUUCAGAAGCAUCCAGCCCACUGGCCUCCUUUCAUACCUCCAACCAAACCGGAAGUGACAACUACAGGUGCAGAACUCAUUGAAUCCACCAAUAACCUGUUUGAACUGGAAGAAGACUUUGAGAUUUUGAGUAUGUGAAGUAGUGCCAUCCAGCCUGUGUCCACCACCUGGCACCACAUUGCAGAGAACUUUUCUAGCCAGAGUGCCUGAUCACCAACAGCACAGAACACAAUAUCAAUCCAAACUGAACCAGUUACCAUUUUCCCAUGAGCUCUAUCCCUGAGAAAGAGAGGCAGAGAGAGAAAAUCCUAUUGCCAGAUGGUAAUCAAGCAGGACCAUGAUGUUUCUCGGUUUUAUUUUAGAGACAGUGAACCUCCAAUAAUGGUUUGAAUGUCUAGAGGACAACUCUAGUCUUGUUUCAGAACCAAUUAUUGGAAGAUGGUUACUCUCUCUCUCUCUCUUUCUCUCCUUGUAACACGUCUCUUCACAUAGAGACAAUUCUAGUUUCAGCUUUGGGAUUGCAUCUUGGGAAGCAGUUGUUUCUUUAUAAAAUUAAAUUGUCUGGAUCAGGGAAAACAAAAGGCCUCGCUAAAUUAUUUUAAUAGGCACUUUGAAUAAUUUUGUAUGAAAACAUUUCUAUCAAGGGAAUUAUGGCAAAUGGACACUUCUUACAACCUCCUUCCUGUUUGGGGGAAGCUUGCUUGCUGCUGUGGCACCAUCACCCCUCCCCAUCCCCACCCCACCAUCAUGGCUGCAUAUGAUACAUUUCACCCUGACCUCAAGCUGAAUCAGGAUCUUUUGCCUUGCUGAUUUUGGUUCAAGAAAUAAAGAGUCAAAAGUGGUUUGUGCUUUUAA